UGCUGCAACUAGUGUUCUAAGCUGCUUUUCCUAUUUAUGGUAUCUAUAGAUGAGGUUUCAUUUGAAAUUUUGAAUUUACUUACCUCAUGUUAGUGGCUUUACUUGAAGCUGCUUUUGGUUGUUCUAGUCCUACUGUUGGUAUUUCAUAAGAAUAUAAGUCCAUCUUUAAAAAUCUUUCUACAUUUUGACUCCAAAAUCAGGAGAAGUUUCGAACUUUCGAUGAGUAGCUUCUGGUUUCUAUAGUUGAUUUUGAGGAAAAAGAAGUUGAUCCAAACGUAAUAUAAAUUUGGGUCCAAAUUUUACAUUUUGAUUUACAUUGGAUGUUACAAAGUACAUGUAAUUUAUGAUUCAAAAGUUCCCUCACUAGAGUGUUGCUGAAUCUAAAGUUAUCAGAUUUCUCCCCCUUUACAUUGAUAUUUUUGAUUGAAGAGAAGUUGGUGUUAAUUUUUUGGAAAACCAUGAUGGGUUUUGCUAAUCCAAGAUCUGAAAGGCAUGAAGAUGAUCCUGAAGUAGAAAAGUUCCCUUCAACUAGCGGUGAAAGUGGGAUUAAGAUUAAAUACAACAUUGAUGGAACAAAAAUACCUGAGCAUAGUUCCAAAAGGGCUCAAAAGAGGGUAGCAGGGAAGACAGGGAAGUUCUUGAAAGCAAGAGUACUGUCAAGAGUGUUCUCAGAGGACUGCGAGAGAGUGAAGAGAAGGGUGUUAGAUCCUCGCGGACAAACAAUCCACCGUUGGAACAAGAUUUUCUUAAUAGCAUCAUUAGUGUCUUUGUUUGUAGACCCGUUGUUCUUUUAUUUGCCAGUGGUUCAAGAUGAAGUGUGCAUAGACAUUGGAACAACUCUUGAAGUUAUCCUUACAGUUGUUAGAUCAGUUGGGGAUGUGUUUUACAUGAUUCAGAUUAUGAUGAAGUUUCGUACAGCUUAUGUUGCUCCUUCUUCACAAGUAUUUGGGAGAGGAGAACUUGUUCUAGGCUAUUCUAAGAUUGCUGUUAGGUACCUCAGAAAGGGAUUCUGGUUAGACUGUGUAGCUGCAUUGCCCCUUCCUCAGGUAUUGAUUUGGAUUAUUAUCCCAGUUCUUAGGGGUUCAACCAUGGCAAACACGAAAAACGUGCUUCGCUUUUUCAUCAUUUUCCAAUAUGUUCCAAGACUUUAUUUGAUUUUCCCACUUUCAUCACAAAUUGUGAAAGCUACAGGGGUUGUGACAGAAACAGCUUGGGCAGGUGCUGCUUACAACCUGAUGCUUUACAUGCUGGCUAGCCAUGUUUUAGGAGCUUGCUGGUACCUUCUAUCAAUCGAACGACAAGAAGCAUGUUGGAAAAGUGCGUGCAAUCUGGAGAAUUCAUCUUGUCAUUAUGGAUUCUUUGAUUGCCAUAGGGUUAAUGAUGCUAUCAGGGUGUCCUGGUUUACAGCUAGUAAUAUCACAGAUUUAUGUUCACCAAAAGCUGAUUUUUAUCCCUUUGGUAUAUAUGCUGAUGCUGUGACUUCUCAAGUUACAUCCUCUGCAUUCUUCAAUAAGUACUUCUUUUGUCUCUGGUGGGGUCUAAGAAAUCUGAGUUCUUUGGGCCAAGGACUUUUUACUAGCACUUUUGUUGGAGAAAUAAUGGUAGCCAUUGUUGUUGCAACCCUUGGAUUGGUUCUUUUUGCGUUGCUGAUUGGUAAUAUGCAGACAUACCUACAAUCAUUAACAGUUCGCCUAGAAGAGUGGAGAGUAAAAAGAACUGAUACAGAACAAUGGAUGCAUCACAGGCAACUACCUCAAGAACUAAGAGAGUCUGUGCGUAAAUAUGAUCAAUAUAAAUGGGUAGCUACACGAGGAGUAGAUGAAGAAACUAUUCUUAAAGGACUUCCAUUGGAUCUCAGGAGAGACAUCAAGCGCCACCUCUGUCUCGAAUUAGUUAGAGGAGUUCCACUGUUUGAUCAAAUGGAUGAGAGGAUGCUAGACGCAAUAUGUGAAAGGCUAAAGCCUGCAUUAUGCACUGAGGGAACCUAUCUUGUUCGUGAGGAUGAUCCUGUGAAUGAAAUGCUCUUCAUAAUUCGAGGAAACCUAGACUCCUACACUACCAAUGGAGGCCGUGCUGGAUUCUUCAACUCAUGUCGAAUCGGCUCAGGUGAUUUUUGCGGUGAAGAGCUAUUAACAUGGGCUUUGGACCCGAGACCGAGUGUGAUACUCCCUUCUUCAACUCGAACAGUUAAAGCCAUCUCAGAAGUAGAGGCCUUUGCACUUAUAGCUGAAGACCUGAAGUUUGUUGCAUCACAAUUCAGAAGGCUACACAGCAAACAACUAAGGCAUAAAUUCAGGUUUUACUCACACCAAUGGAGAACUUGGGCUGCUUGUUUCAUUCAAGCUGCAUGGAGAAGGCACAAGAAAAGGAAAGGAGUUGCUGAGCUAAGGGCUAAGGAGAAUGUGUUAGUUUCUGAGCCUGUAACACCAAAAUCUGGUUCAGGUUUUGUUGGGUAUCCAACAAGGAUGGGUAGAAGCACUAGGAAAAGUGUCAAUGUGCAUUCUGGGACAAAUUCUGGAGUAGUCACUUCUUUUCAGAAGCCAGCAGAGCCAGAUUUUUCUGUUGUUGAAUAACAAUUGUACAUUUCCCUUUAGUCUCAGAUUGAAACCUUUGAGUUGUGUCUCAUUCUCUAUACCACCAAUAAAAUGUUGACAUGUUCAUUAAAAACCACCAUGAAAGUUUGUAACAGCCCGACUCGUGUCUUUUUGAAUUGGCACGGUAAGAUUUCAUUGAUGGAUCAGAAAAUUUAGACCAUUUUGGGGUCAAAAAAUCUUGAU